AUGAAGAAGGUUCAUGCUCAAAGUCAUUGGCUUCUAAACAGUGACAUUCUCUUCGAUAUUCUUUCACGUAUUCCAGUGAAGGACUUGCUUGGUUUGAAGUGCGUUUCCAAAGAGUGGCACGGCAUCAUUUCAAGCCGCUCCUUCAGUAUCGCACAACUAGGAAAGAACAGAGAGCUUUUCUUAACGGGGUUCAUUUACCAAGAGAAGUUCAUGUGGUGCAAGGAAGACAUCGCAACCGUUAGUUACAUCCCUGUUGAUGAUGCUGGGACAAGAGGGUGUUCCAAAGUGCACCACAUGGUUUUCGAUUUUCUCCCAGAAGAUGUUGUCGUGUUGGCAUCAUGCAAAGGAUUAGUGUGCUGUCGAAGCACUAUCCCUUCUGAAAAAAAGCCAGUUAUAUAUGUCUGCAACCCUUCAAAUAGGGAGUGGAUUAAGUUGGACUGGCCGCCUUCUGGUUAUGAGUAUGACAGAAAUGAAAGCAUCGCACUGGCUUUUGAUUUUGACCCUUCUAAAGAUUCCAUUGACAGCCUCAACAGAUUCAAGUUGGUGAGAGUUAAGCAGAUUGAAAAUAGUGAUGAUUUGUACUUUACAUUUGAAUUGUACUCAAGUGAAGGAGGAGCAUGGUGGAAAUCUGAGGAAAUAUGCAGAUGUGAUAACAGGUUGGUUAAUAAUAAAGGGAUAUACACUGGGGGUGUCUUGCAUUGGCUCAUGGAUGGUGAUCAAGUUCUGACUUUCGAUGUAGAGAAGGAGCUAGCUUGGUUGAUUUCUGUGCCAGUCCCAGGCUCAGAGUUUCGGAUUGUUCCUGAAGCAUGCAUUGGAGAAUCUGAAGGGAGGCUGAAUUAUGUGCAGGCAUCAGAAGAGGGUAUUCAUGUGUGGUAUCUUGAAGAUUACUAUGAGUUCAAGUGGACACUUAGCCAUUGUAAAUCUUUGGAUGAAAUUGAAAGAGAAUGUCCACGCUUCUUUUUUAAUUUGAAGAACCGAGUGUUGGAGCAAGCGAGCAUGGAUUUUGGCCAAUGGAUGAAUCCUAUGGCCUUCAAAGAUGGGAUCAUGCUAAUGAAGAUAGGUCCAAAUUUUUACCUGUAUGACACUAAGAAUAACAAGAUGGCUAAAGCCUGCUCCUUUCAGGAUCUGAAUUCACAAUGCAUGUUCAAUCCUACAGUACAUGCUCAUUCAUUGAGCUUGAUUCCAUUACGUCGUGCAUAG